GGUCUGGUGACGUAAUGACGUAACGUGCAAUGACGUAGGAAUGUACACGUCGGCCAGCCGGAUAUCCAAGAUGGCUGCGCUGCCGAGUUCGGUUUAGUUCUCGAGCUGCCGGUACACGUAGAGCGGAGCCGCAGGAGGUGACGUUCUGCAGCUCUAUUGAUUCUACAGAGAAAAAUCUGAAACGUCUUCUGAAGGGAAGAAGAUGCAGCCUCCUCCUCAAGCUGGUCCUCCAGGGGCAGGGGCGCCUCCUCCUCGCAUGGGAAUGACCACUACUCCCUACUGGCGUAAAAGAACACCUACCCCUUCAGCAAUGGCGCCCCCUCUAGUGCAACCUGUCACAGACCCUUUUGCUUUUGGCAGAAUGACCCCCCAGAACAUACCGCCAUCUAACAUACCGCCAUCUAAUAUACCGCCAUCGAAUGCUAAUGUUUUUACCACACAGAGCUCUUCGCUAUCAUUGCACCCCCAGCCUGUCUCCUCCUCUGGUGACGGAGCUCAGUUGUCAUUACCGGGGUCAUCUCAACGAAUGGCAGCUGGGCCCUCACUUAAUUAUGUGUCUGCUCCAUCUGUGCAGGGCGGACAUUUCACCAAUAACAUGGCUUCACCCCCGAUCAGUCACCCUGCAGCGUCGUCUCCACAGAACGUGGCAGGAGGAAUAGAGAACACGUCUGGGCCGGGCAGAUCUCAGAGCAGGCAAAGUGUUAAUAUGGAAAUGAAUAAUAACAGCAGGAGUGCACCUUUACUACAGCCUUAUCCUCCUGCCACAUCUCAGCAAACCACUGCACCAUGGUCAUCUCUCCAGGCCGCUCCACCUACCUCCACGCAACACAUCCCUGCAGCCCAGCACCCGGCGUACACUGCGCCCUACUACUCCCCUCCGUAUUUAGAGGUGUCUCCUCCCCAAACAAAUGAGCCGGGAUACUUUUCAGCACCCCAAAGGACUCCCCCGGUUACGUUCCCUCUUGGAGGUGGACCAGGUCACGUACAGCAGCAUGGUGUGACCUCGUACAGCAGUGUCAUGCCAGCGGAUUACCCACAGAAUCAGAAUCCUGAGCAUUGGUUCAAACAGUCGUAUCCAGAACCACCAAAACAAGGUCCGCCACCCAAUCUCAACACCGUACAGACCGGAGCGCCAUAUCAUAUGCCAGAAGACCGGCCACAAAGUGAACCUGCAAGACCCUGGCCCCAAGCCGCUAAUGACUCAGAUUCUGGGACCGUAUCCAUGUUCUUUAAAGGAGAUGAAGCUGAAAAUGUGGAGAUCCCGUCCACGGACCAGCAGCAUGUGUCCAGGAGGCAAUCCGUGGAUAUUGCUUACCACCACAACCUGGGGCACCCUGGGAACAUACACCCAUUAACUGCCCCCCCAGGUGCAUCGCCCCAUGUCCCAUCAUACUUGCCUUUACAUCCCAGCGCUCCGAGCGCUCAUCUGAACACUCAACCAAGUGCCAGCACUUUUCAGGAUCCUCAUGUCCCAUGGAAAAAUGAAAACACAGGGAAUCACCCUGCAGAGGUGAAGGCUGUCUCCGAGCUGCUGUACGAUAAUGUGGAGAAUAUCGAGGUUCUGCCCAAUGAGCCUCCUAAUAACAGUCUGUUUUCUGCAGGAGUCAACCCUGAGGUCUUCAGAUACGCACCCAUUCUGGGCUCUACUUUGCCCAAGAAUCCUGUCAGCCACCCUGAAGGAGGGCCCAACCUGGAGGCCCCCGACUCCUUACACCGCCCAGUCCGAUCGGAUAGCGUCUCUUCUAACUAUAGUAACCUCAGUCAUCGGAGUUUGCCCGUUCCAGCCCGACCUCAGGAGCUGGAGGGGACCUUCAUUCAGAAGGAGAUCGGACGACCUGACAAUGAAAACUCCUCCAGUUUCUUUAAGCAGAUCGAUUCCUCGCCUUUGGCCGGAGAUGUUACCGAUCACAGUAUGACACCAAACGUCUACUAUGGAAAUCUGUCUCAGCCACCAACACCAAGUCCACCAAAACCGACAGGAAUCUUUCAGCCAAGUGUGAACAGCUCCUUUGAACCUGUCCGCGCUCAUACUAGCGUCAAACCUCCUGAAAUGGACCAGUCCAAAGUAGUCAGCGACAUCCGUGAGAAUCUUAAGUUGCCUCCAACAUCCUCUUCCCACAAUGCUGGACUGGCGGCCUCCCCGGGAAAUUUGGAACAACCUCCUGACAAUUUGGAAACAAUAUUUUUGGGUAAACCAAACGCUGAAAUUUGUGCCGUCAAUAGUGGACACCACUUCACAGGAGGAUCAGCACUGGAUAACAUAUUACUUCUAGAGCGGCGUCCGUCCUCGAGAGCCCAUGGGUCAAAUAAGAAGUGUGAGAGUCCAGCAACCACCCUGUGGGCACAAGGAGAGCUGCCUAACUUUGGGGGCAAUGUCCUUCUGGCCCCUCCAGCCCCGGCUGUCUAUGUCCCUCCAAAGCCUCAGACUGAAGUGAUUCAGCCUCCGGAGGAUAGCUCGGUGGAGGCCCAACAUGGCCAGGAGGAUCAGGGCCAAUUAUCUGCUUCACCCGAGGAGCACGUAUCCUCAGAGAACCUGGAGAAUCCUCCAAAGAUGGCCGAGGAGGAACAGACCCAGUCCCAGGCAAGUUCUGGUUAUGCUAGUUUGUUGUCUUCUCCGCCUACUGAGACCCUGCAGAAUCAGCCUAUUCUGAUCGCCCCGCCUAGUAAAGCCUAUAAUUUGGCACAACCGGUUAAUUUCUCUCUUUCUUUACCCAAUCAAAUUAAGAACCUUAAUUCUGCUAAAGACUUCUCCUCUGCUUCUGACAAGCCGCUUCCUUCUGGCGGGUUCCCAGCAGAUCCCAGCUCUUCGGCCUCUCUUGUGCAGCUUGGACCUCCUCAUAAGCCGCUCCCAGCCUCCAAUUUGGCAAAUAAAUCUGCCGCCGGCAUUGAGCUCUUCUCCGAAUCCUUCCCCAAUCACCAGAAUGCGCUAGUCUCUUCUAACCAAAUUCCUCUUAAUUUAGCGACUGAAAAUCAGAAAACUAAGACUGAGAGUUCGGCUGGCGAGUCCAUAUGUAAGCCUGCGUCCCCCGGCUCCGCAACGAAUCUACCGAUGGAUAACGGAGCCGGGAUGUACGCCCCACUGCUCAGUACUGGUGGCACCAAAUCUGAGAAUGCAGGGGCAUUAGACUUCACUGUUCCACGUGUGCCUAUCAGUCACAACACCAAUGGACUGAUGUCUGUACUGAAUAGACCUCCAGGAGACGCUCCGCCCUAUACCAAUCAGGUGGGAGGUCUCCCUAAUUUCCAGCCUGGCCCUGACAAUAACAAACAGUUUUUUUACCAGCAGGUCACUAAAGACACUCAGUCCCAACCUUCAGUGGAGACAUCACAACCUGGACUGGGGGUUCCUCAUGAAUACAUGACCCCUGCAUCUCAGCCCCCAGCACCGCCAGUACAGACCAGUAAGCCCACUGCUUACCCCCAGCAAACAGAAGGUCCUAUACUCGCUGCUCAGAACAGCGCCAGCCUUCAUUAUGGAGGCACUACAGAGCAUGGGGUUAAAUACGGCUAUCCUGAACACCCACCGUAUCCUGGUCAGCCAGUGACUGCCCCAUCUGCACCAGUCAACCCCAUCCCCCCAGCAGGGUAUCCAGAUCCGUCAAGACCUCCAGCUUCUCAGACUCCUCAGCAAGCCGAUCCGUAUUAUUACUAUAGAGGUUAUGGAGCUUACCCCUCUGCAUACCAGCAGCCGUACCCAACUGUGGACCCCCGGGCACCUCAUCUGUACUACCAGGACUCCUAUGGAGCGUAUGACCCCGCGUACAGACAGUACAGUAACCCUGGCUUUGUGAACCCUGCAAAGUACCAGGAACCCGAGCGGCCCAGCUCCAGAUCCAGUCACUGCUCAGAUCGACCGUCCUCGAGACAGGGGUACACCGCUCCGGGGAAUUACUAUGACUAUUACCAGAGUCAGUAUGAGUAUGGAGACCCUUCCAGAUGGGACCGGUAUCCAGGAGCCUAUGACCCCGGGUACAGGGACCCACAAAGCAGUUACUGGAACUAUAUGUACGGCAGCCGGGAGGACGUUUACAGCAGGAAGGUUCCCUACGCAUACACCAGCAGAUACAAUGUGUAUGAGGAUCGCUGGCAGUAUGACCCCCGCUAUGUUGGCGGUUUUGAUGAUGAGCCGGAUGCUCGGAGGGAUCUUGUGAAGGACGAUUAUGACCGGCGCAGUGUGCACAGUGAACACUCGGCCCGAAGUGUGCACAGCGAACGCAGCAACCAUAGUCGUCGCAGCAGCUUCAGUUCUCGCUCGCAGCAGAGCCAGGUCUACAAGAGUGAACAGGACCUCACUGCUAAUUCCUAUGGUGCUCAGGUACCCAACCCCCCACUGCAGGACUACUCCUACAGCAUGUAUCCCAAUGACUACAGCACCCAGCAGUCACUGGACGGCUAUCAAUAUGGUUACCCAGGCAGCAAUGACUGGCAGCCUGUGGAACAAGUUCCUUCUAGAUCGCUGACCCCAGAGAAGUUUGGCAGCCCUCAUGUAUGUGCCAGGUUUGGUCCUGGGGGACAUCUAAUCAAAGUGCUUCCCAACUUACCCUCUGACGGGCAGCCGACAUUAGUGGAGAUCCACAAUAUGGAGGUUAUUCUGCAGAACAGCCCAGAACAGGAGCAGAUGAGAACGUUCCCCGGCCCCUUGGUCAAAGAUGAAACUCACAAAGUCGACGUCAUCAAUUUUGCACAGAAUAAAGCCAAAGAGUGUUCACAAAACGACAACCUGUUGGACCACGAGUCGGCGCGUCUUCUCUGGGAUUUCAUUGUCCUCAUGUGUCGGCAGAAUGGGACUGUCGUAGGGACAGACAUCGCAGAGUUACUGCUCCAGGACCACAAGACUGUCUGGCUUCCAGGAAAGUCUCCCAAUGAAGCCAAUCUGAUCGACUUUACCAAUGAGCCCCUGGAACACGAGGAGGAGUCGGGGGCGUCUCAGCUUUCCUUCCUCACAGACACUUUACCCAACGCCGGGGUUGUUCUGGAGAAGGAGACCGAGAGAUUCAGGGAGCUACUGCUUUUUGGACGUAAAAAGGAUGCACUGGAGUCCGCCAUGAAGCACGGACUCUGGGGUCACGCUCUGCUGCUCGCCAGUAAGAUGGAUAGCCGCACACACGCCCGCGUAAUGACCAGGUUUGCUAACAGCCUCCCGAUCAAUGACCCACUGCAGACGGUGUACCAGCUCCUGUCUGGGAGGAUGCCGGCAGCUGCCACGUGCUGCGGAGAUGAGAAGUGGGGGGACUGGCGACCACAUCUGGCUAUGGUGCUCUCUAAUCUGACCAAUAAUGUGGAUGUACCAACACGGACCAUCGUGACCAUGGGAGACACACUGGCCUCCAGAGGUCUCCUAGAAGCCGCACAUUUCUGCUAUUUGAUGGCUCAGGUCGGAUUUGGCAUAUUCACCAAGAAAUCAACCAAGUUGGUUCUCAUUGGCUCCAACCACAGUUUGCCUUUUGCUAAGUUUGCGAGCAAUGAAUCGAUCCAGAGGACGGAGGCCUACGAGUACGCACAGUCCCUGGGAGCCCAGACCAUCUCCCUCCCUAAUAUACAGGUUUUUAAGUUCAUUUACGCUUGUCGCUUGGCUGAAUACGGACUCUCCGCUCAGGCCUUCCAUUACUGUGAGGUCAUCUCCAAGACCAUCAUCAAACACCCAUCUUACUACUCCCCUGUGCUGGUGGGGCAGCUGCUGGAGGUGUCGUCACAUUUGAGGUUCUUUGAUCCUCAGCUGAAGGAGAAGCCAGAGCAGGAGCUGUUUGUGGAGCCUCCAUGGCUGCUUCACCUCCGGCACUUGGACAUGCAGAUGAAGCAAGGAACUGUGGUAUACAACACUGGUCGGACCACCCCACAGCAGUACGCCUGCAGCACGCCGAGCUCUGAGCACGACCACGUCAGCCAGUCUGAUGGCAUCACUGCCGCACACGAGGUGCCCGCUGCUACAGACAACCCGCUGCUGACAAACUUCCUGCCCAGCGUGGUGUCUGCCCCGGGGGUCCAGCUGGCGCUGCCAGGCCCUGAUAAUACUGCCACUUUUUAUCAGCCUCCUCCAGUCAGCGAGCCACCAAGCUCUGUGCCACCCCAGAUAUACGCACCCUCACCCAUGCUAGCACCUCCGUUACCCGGGCAAGGGUUUGUGCCUGUCAGCAGUGAACAGGUGCCCACGUAUCCCCCCGCUCCCAUGGAGUCUGCACAGAGUCCUCAGCCUGCAGAAUCUCUAGAGCAAUGGAGCCCGGAUCCAGCUCUGCAGAGACCCCCAACAAACUCCCCCACAAAAACCACCUUCCACGACACUGGCUUUGACUUCUAUGGUGAAAUGGCGAAGAUGGCUCCAGGGCACAGGUCCAGGACGGUGUCUCAGUCAUCCUCUCAUAUGAGACGGACCCGGACCACCUCAGAGUCCUCCACCCACUCAAUUGGUUCCACCAGGCGGAGCUCUGUCGGUAUGCAGCCGUCACCUCCUCCUAUCCCUGAAGUAAAGAAGACAGAACCCAAGAAAGAACCAAAGUCCAAUGCUGCACAUGGGAGCGGGAGAAGUUGGUUUGGCUGGCUGACGAGGAAAGGGAAGAACGAAGCUCACUUACCAGAUGACAGGAAUAAAUCUAUUGUGUGGGAUGAGACCAGACAGCGAUGGAUUAACCAGGAUGAGCCGGAGGGGGAGGAUAACAAACCCCUACCGCCGCCUCCAUCCAGCAUGCCCAAGAGACCUCUGGCCGCUCCUGUAGGGCCCGGGGCACCCUUUGCGCCCCCCAAUCCUUCAGUUAAUGUUUUCUCCAUUAAAGCAGGAGGAGCCCGCGCCCGCUAUGUGGAUGUGUUAAACCCGGGGGGCAAUAAAACUACAAACUCUGUGCCGCCACCAGCCGAUCUGUUUGCUCCCUUGGCCCCAAUGCCGAUCCUGACAAAUCUCUUUGUCCCUAACGCAGUCCCCGAAGAGUCCCAGCCGCCUGUAGGUUCAGAGGCAGAAAUGGCGCAACAGUCUGAACAACCUAGUAUGGACGGCACCGCACAGACCCAGUUUUUUAGCACGGCCCCCGUUCUGGAUCUCCCGGCACCAAAUCAUGAAGACGUACCCUCUGGAGAGCUUUCUAGAUCUAGUUCUCUGAGUUCCUUAUCGCGUGAAGUAAGCCAACAUUUCCAUCAGGGUUCUGGUGACGUGGCUCCUGCCGGUGGUCCUCCUCCUCCUCCUCCUGCUACUGCCGUUCCUCCUCCUCCUGCCGCUGCCGUUCCAUUCUACAACCCUGCGAGUUUUGCACAAUCUCCGGCCUCCUCUGGUUUGGCGCGUUCUGGUCGACUCGGACAACGGAAAUAUCCAACCCUGAAGUGAAGGCGACAUCGGCUGCAGGAACCAAACAUUUCAUCCUGGAAGAACAUGAAUUCCCUGUGAGAUGACGAUGGGGGAGGGGGAUCCUGAGACGCGUCCGCCACGACCGCCCCCCACCCCCACCCCUCUGGGGUCCGGAACAGACGUCGCUCUUGGUGGCCUUUUCCCUCUUUCCCGUAUUUCACUGCGCAGGAGGAGUGGAGAUUUCUGUGAUCGGCUCCGUCAGGUCCUGGAUAUAUUCCCGUACAGCAGAAUAUAGACUGCGCCCCCCCCCCCCCAGAAUAUUAUAUAUUAACUUAAAACUGUGACUAAUCAGAGCUGUAUCCCGACCCGGACGGCGUCUUCCUGGAAUCACUUGUAUAGUCUUUUGUAUAAUAGGUCCAGGUGGGUGCGGGGGUCUUGGGCGCGACCCCUCCCCCUCCCUCCCCUGUAGGUUUUGAUCUUUCUUUUCCGAUACCUGUGAUUUUAAGUGCAAUAUAAUUUCUCGCUUUCUCUGAUGCUGAUUAAACCUGGAACCAGAGAAGACUCUGCCGCUGCUCUAGAACGUUCUCCUCACUAAGGUUCUAGGUCUUUCUGCCCCUCCCCCGUCCUCCUGUGUCUUAAGAGACUAAGAAAGGAGAUCCCGGAGGCGGAGCCAACUUGAAAUUGCUUUUAAAUGUUUUUUAAAAUUAUUUAAAUAAAAAAUGCACAAAGGCUUAGAUUUCA